AUGUCCCUUACCAUUUCCGCUGCAGGAGGACGAAAGCAUUCACUUGAAGAUGUUCAGACUGUGAAGAAGUUGUCGCUGCCAAAACAAACUCUGUCUUUCGAAUCAUUAAGUGAUCGUUUUGAGUACCUCAAGGGACUGCCCGUAUCGAGUUAUACCGAUGUUACCCCAAAGAUACUAAUCGAAAUUAACAAUUUGAAUUUGAUGGUGCCAUUGAAGAUACGAGAAGGACUUGGCAUGGAACCGGUCGCCGCGAAAACGAGACUGGGGUGGUGUAUUUAUGGCGGAAAAGGAGCCAAAGGUCAGAAGCCUUCAGUGAACUGCCAUUCCUGUGUAUGUGUAUCAUCAGAUCAAACUCUGCACGACAUCGUCAAAGAUUUUUUCACUGCAGAAGAUGUCAGUGCGCUAUCGGUGACGCCGCCCAUAUCAGAAGAGGAGAAACGUGCGCAACGAAUACUUGAAACUACAACGAUUCGAGUCGACACUCAUUAUGAAACUGGACUGCUGUGGAAAUCUGAUUACGUAGAACUCCCGGAUAGCUACAACAUGGCUCUCAAACGACUAGAGUGUUUGGAGAGGAAAAUGAAUCGGAAUCCGGACCUGAAGCAGGCCUUAUGCCAACAAAUGAAAGAAUACCUGCUCAAGGGCUACACGCAUCGCGCAACUAACGAUGAAAUGGUUAGCGCAGAUAUACGACGAAUCUGGUACUUACCUCUUGGAGCGGUAGUAAAUCCGCGGAAACCAGGCAAGGUUCGGAUGAUCUGGGAUGCCAGAGCCACUGUGAACGGAAUAUCGCUCAAUUCCGUACUGUUGAAAGGACCUGAUCAACUGACCUCACUUCCAGGUGUUCUAGCUCGCUUUCGACAGUUCAACGUGGGCGUCUCUGCCGACAUAAAAGAGAUGUUCCACCAAAUAUACAUACGAAAAGAAGAUCGACAUUCGCAACGCUUCCUUUGGCGUGAUGAUCCUGCCAGUACCCCAGAUAUCUAUAUCAUGGAUGUAGCUACAUUCGGUUCGACUUGUUCCCCAGCAUCAGCUCAAUAUGUCAAAAAUAAGAAUGCCGAGGGGUUUAUAGAGGUUUAUCCUCGAGCUGUAGACGGAAUAAUUAAGAACCACUACGUGGAUGACUCUCUGGAGAGUUAUGAAUCUGUAGAAGAAGCAAUCAAAAUCUCAUACGAAAUGCGACUAAUUCACAAAUAUGGUGGCUUCGAGUUGAGAAACUGGCUAUCGAACAGCAGGGAAGUCCUGAAAAGUCUAGGCAAUACACAUCCUCGAGGAGACAAGAUAUUUGAAACAGACAAUCAAAGAGAAUGUGAGCGCGUGCUCGGAUUACUCUGGUUGACUCAGGAAGAUGCCUUCGGGUUUUCGACCGAAAUGAAACAGGAGAUUGACGACCUCAUCCGCAGCAACGAAUGUCCUACGAAGAGACAAAUGCUGAAGUGCCUGAUGUCGCUGUUUGAUCCUCUGGGUUUGCUGUGCUUCUUCAUAGUGCAUGGGAAGAUAAUGCUACAGGAAGUCUGGAGAUCGGGAGUCCAAUGGGACGAGAAAGUAAACGACGAAUUACAAAAAAGAUGGCAGAAAUGGACUGGCCUCUUCCAGAAUGUCCGACGUUUCAAAAUUCCGCGUUGCUAUUUUACUGGUGCUACGAAAGAGCGUUAUGAUGACCUACAACUCCACGUCUUUGUUGAUGCAAGUGAAUCUGCGUAUUGUGCUGCGGCCUACUUCCGAACGAUGAACAAGAUCGGCUCCCCUGAAUGCGUCCUUCUUACAGCAAAAACAAAAGAAGCUCCGCUUAAGACCCAAUCGAUACCACGAUUAGAGCUGAUGGCUGCGGUUUUGGGUGCACGUUUGAUGCAGUUUAUAGAAGAGGUUCACACAGUGCGUGUAGUACGAAAAGUGUUGUGGAGUGAUUCGGCUACAGUUCUUUCCUGGUUGCGGGCAGACCAUCGUAGAUAUAAACAGUUCGUUGCUUGCAGAAUAAGAGAAUUGUUAACAAUCACAGAUGCAGAGAACUGGCGUUGGGUCCCAUCGAAGCAGAAUCCGGCAGACAUUGCGACAAAGUGGGGCAAAGGUCCGGAUUUGAUGGCAAAUAGUAUCUGGCUCAAGGGUCCUUCAUUUCUACAGCUAUCGGAAACAGAGUGGCCAAGGGAAAGAAGAUCUGCAUCAUCAACAGAAGAAGAGCUGCGCUCCUGUUAUGCUCACGAGAAAAUUAAAAUUCCAGAACGUCUUGUAGAGCUGGAGCGCUUUUCGCAGCUUAACCGAGUGAUUCGGGCAACAGCCUAUGUAUUUCGAUUCAUAGAAAACAUCAAACGGAAGAUCAAUGGCCAGCUGAGAUUCUUAAGACCAUUAACAUCAGAAGAGCUACAAAAAGCGGAGCGACUUGUCAUCCGAGAAACGCAGUGGCAGUGUUUUCCGGACGAGAUGAUGGUGCUGAAACACAACAAAGCAAAACAAAAUGACGAGCAAACAUCAGUGGAAAAAAGCAGUAGCCUCUAUCGAUUGUGUCCCGUCUUAGAUGAAGAAGGCAUUAUUCGUGUGGAUGGCAGAAUAGGAGCAGCUCCGAACGUUCGAGAAGAAAUGAAGUUCCCAAUAAUUUUACCCCGAAAGCACAAAUUUACUAGACUGCUGUUAGACAGUUAUCACCGUAAAUAUUUGCACGGCAAUGCAGAGACGGUAGUGAACGAGGUUCGUCAAAUUUACUAUAUUCCAAGACUAAGGGUGGCAGUAAACAACAUAGCGAAUACAUGCCAAUGGUGUAGGAUCUACAAAUGCUCACCGCAGAUCCCUCGUAUGGCACCACUACCACUUGCCAGAAUGGCCUCGUUUGUGCGACCAUUCACGUACGUUGGUCUAGACUUCUUCGGGCCACUCACAGUGAAACUCGGCAGAAGCAACGUGAAACGAUGGGUCGCCUUAUUCACAUGCUUAACCAUACGCGCAGUACACGUCGAAGUAGCUCACAACCUGACCACUGAUUCAUGCGUUAAAUGCAUUCGAAGAUUUAUUUGCCGUCGAGGAUCUCCGGCCGAAAUCUAUUCAGACAAUGGCACAAAUUUCCAGGGCGCUGAAAGAUUACUCAGAGAACAAUUGAGCAGUUAG